AUGGCGGGGAAGUUGGAGCCUUUGAAAAUGGAGCCGCUGGAAGUCGAGGUUGAGGAGGGUGAAGGGCAGACCAAGCCUUUGAAGAAGACUGAAGAUUUGCUGGCGAUGGUGAAAAAGCUACAGGAAGAGGGAAGCCUGGAGCCACAGAUAGGAGACCUGAUUCACCGGAUUAAUGAGCUUCAGCAAGCAAAGAAGAAAUCCAGUGAGGAGCUGGGAGAAGCCCAAGAUCUCUGGGAGGCCUUGCGCAGGGAACUGGACUCCUUGAAUGGAGAGAAAGUGCACCUAGAGGAGGUCUUGAGCAAAAAGCAAGAGGCGCUGAGGAUCCUCCACUGCCAAACGAAGGAAAGCGAGGCUCAGAGGUUGCAUGACCACGAACAGCUGGAGGAUUUGAUGGGCCAGCACAAGGACCUCUGGGAAUUCCAGAUGCUGGAGCAGCGACUGGCUUGGGAGAUCCGUGCCCUGGAGAGCAGCAUGGCGCAACUGCUCACUGAAGGUGAAGUGGGUGCUGGCAGCAAGAACGUGACCUUGCAAAAAGAAAUGCACGCGCUGGCUUUGGGAGUAAAGUCACACCAUAGACUGGUGUGUAAGACAAUGAGUAAGGGUUCCAGUGACUGUAGCUUCUCCUGCAACCAUGCCCCUUUCCUGCUUAGCCUGUAG